CUCGUAGUAUAUCUAAACCCUCUUGCAUGGCGGUGGGUCAUCAUGAACCGUACUCGGACGUGAGCCGGUACCUCCCUUUGCGACACCCAAAGCUGCUGUGUCAGGAAACGAAUAUAGUUUCUGCACUUAGUAGGACCUCUCCGUCUGUACGGCCUAUUUAUCCUCCCGGAGUUGAGACGGUUCUGAAUAUUGGAGACGCUGACGCUCCUCGAUACCGAGCGUUCCUCGGAUUCGAGCGAUAUAGUUCGCGGUGUCGCCAAGGAGUGAUCACUGCUCGAUGAUGAACCCAGUUCGUACCCCUCUACUGUCGCAUCAACCCGGCAUUGUUCGCACUUCCUGCCAACGCAGUGCAUGUUCAGGGGCAAUAACAUACCAUAUAAAUCGGAUGAGGAUUCCACGCAUUCCGAUUCUCAUAGUUUCUGUGUGUCCCAACAUCGUCUAUAUAAACACGCCUAUUUGGUUCAAUCUCACUAGUAAUAUGUUGACCUUGUCUCAUUUCGCGGUCGCUCUCGCUCUCGCAUCCUCUAUCUUGGGUGUUAUCAUUCCUGUAGUACCCUCUCGCCGCUCCGGGGAGCUUUGGGAGGGGUUGGAACACGAAGAAGUAGACAUAGGGAAUCUAGCACCCUCACGUCGUUCUGGAGAGCUUUGGCUGGGAGCGGAACAUGAAGAGAUAGACGUAGCAGGUCCGGCACUCACACCGAUCUGACGAAGGAAGCUUUCCCUUCCACUGGUGUUUGAGCUAUACCAUGUCAUCCAGAAUUUAGUACCGGUUGAUCGUAAGCGAGGGGCUCUGCUCUGUCGCAUAGGCGGGCAUAUACAACACGUGGGCGGCUGGGAUAGACAGACCGAGCACUCUACACACCUAUACUAGUACUUACUGACGUAGAACGAGAACGAACGAACGAACUAGAUGAAACUGUUUAUUACUACAGAUAAUUUUGCAAAUUCGAACUCUCAUACAUG